AUGCAUCGUCCAACGACGCGGAGUUUGUCUAAAGCCAAGUCCGUCACUAAUGAUAAGAUUGUGGGUAAGAUAAUAUUUUUAUUCGAUUUAUUUUGUCUGAAACUUGGUCGUUUCGACCUUGCUUUUGAUGGAAUGUGAUGUUUGUUUUAUAAGGACGCUGUUAAUUCACUUACCGUGUUUUCAGACUAUGACCGAAAGGUGCGCGCCGAACUCAAGCCCGAGACGGAUAAGAAGAACCUCGAGAAAGGUAAUUUUUUUGGUUUUUGUUGUUUAUGGUCUAGAUGUUUGAUGACUAGCGCCGAAAGACGUCCGUUCGCAAAAUUCUACCUGUUUUUGUGCAGAAUUCAUUAAGUUCUCGCUAAUUUUACAUUAUUUAUCCGUGAAUUUUAUAGAAUUGCAUGAAAAUCGGGUAAAAAUGCUGCUCGAAGUGGUGAAGCAGUCGAAAGAUGACGCCUGGAAGUAUCAGUCAUUAGAAGAAAUUUUUCGGAAUGGCAGGCAAUGA